AAAGGCCUGGCGACCAGCGUGAAGUCAUCGGAGCGCGACGCUCGCGCUGCAGCCGGAGCCGGCGCGCCAUUGGCGUCAUCAUCACGCGACCACUUCAGGAGUCAAGAAUCGAAGGUUUAGAGUCGGUCAUAAUGGCAGGUGAAGAAAUUAAUGAAGACUAUCCAGUAGAAAUUCAUGAGUAUUUGUCAACAUUUGAGAAUUCCAUAGGUGCUGUGGAUGAGAUGCUGAAGACCAUGAUGUCUGUUUCAAGAAAUGAAUUGUUGCAGAAGUUGGACCCACUUGAACAAGCUAAAGUGGAUUUAGUUUCUGCAUACACAUUAAAUUCGAUGUUUUGGGUUUAUUUGGCAACUCAAGGAGUCAAUCCUAAGGAACAUCCAGUAAAGCAGGAAUUGGAAAGAAUCAGAGUAUACAUGAACAGAGUCAAGGAAAUAACAGACAAGAAAAAGGCUGGCAAGCUGGACAGAGGUGCAGCUUCAAGAUUUGUGAAAAAUGCUCUCUGGCAACCAAAAUCUAAACAUGCAGCGAAAGUUGCCAAUAAAGGAAAAAGUAAAAAUUAACUUUUGGUUUUGAUGUACACAUACUCAAAAAGUGCAUCAUUUUUAUUGUUUUCACAACAUAGAUGAUUUUGUGGCAAGGAGAGGUUUAAAGUUACUCUUUUUGGAAUUUGUAUUUAAAUUUACCCUUUAAAUUUGGAGUGCUAAGUAUUUUCCCCACCAGAAAGAUUGACUUGUCUUUAUUGAUUUUCCUAUAGAGCACUGUGAGGUUUUUAACAUUGUGAUUUAUAUUUAUAGUUUACCAUCUCUUUUGGCAAGGUACUCACUUCUCUAUAUAGGUCAGUCGUGCAAGCACCAUUUUAUAAGCAACUAUGAAAUUUAAGUUAAAUGUUCUUUGUAACAUUUGUGGUCAUUUGUACUAUUUCAAAUAAAUAAUCUUAUGAAGUAUGCUAGCUAUAGACUGAAUUUUAAGUACAUGUAUUUUUACUAUAUAGUAUUAAUGAAAUGGCUUAAAUAUCUACUUUUUUCUGUGUGGUUAAUUCAUUAUGUUUUCAUUGUUGCAGGAAUUAUUGCUUUUUUGGUAUUCAAAGUGUGAAAUUAAAACUUUAAGAUUGUACUUUAAUUCUUGGUAUAUUGCCUCACCAUCAUAUUUACAAUAAAGUAUAGUCAUUAAUUUUAGGUGGAAAAUAAGGUUGUAUGUUGAUGGCUGGCUGUUGGUCCGAUGAUUGUUACCUUCUUAAUAAA